AUGGCCAGCCUGCGGACCCCGCUCCUCGUGGCUCUCAUCCUUCUUGCUGUGGCCCUGCAGACAUCCGAUGCAGGUCCCUAUGGUACCAACGUGGAAGACACUAUUUGCUGCAGAGACUAUAUCCGUCGUCCAUUGCCAUUACGUGUAGUGAAGGAGUUCUUCUGGACCUCCAAGUCCUGCCGCAAGCCUGGUGUUGUUUUGAUAACCUUCAAGAACCGGGACAUCUGUGCUGACCCCAACGUGUCCUGGGUGAAGAGGAUUCUCUCCAAACUGACCUAG